AUUGCAUCGGACGUAGUGUUCAAGUGACACGGCUGAUGAUCUUUGGCUGACCUUCAGAUUUCCGACUUUUGGCGACGCAUCAGUGACAUCAAUGGAUGCGGCGAGGGCGCUGACCUCAUCGUCGACUCCACCUGCCUCGCGCUCAUCUACGCGAGGAACUGAACGCGAUCCUCGAUGAGCUACUCUCUUCUUUCCCUCACAUCAUCAACAUCAACAUGGCUCCCAAGAAGAAGCAGACAGAAACAAAAGGCAAGGCUUCUGCAAGUGCGCUGGGGACAAAGCGCAAAUCGACCGAGAAAGCUGAGAGCUCGCCGCCCAAGAAGAGCCAGAAGGGCGAGAAGCCCAAGAAGGAGGCCGCAACUCCAGCCUCGCAGCUUCCUCACGAGCAGAAGCUCGCCCUCCUCCGCUACCUCCUCACGCCUGAAGCCCUCGCCAUCGCCUAUCCGCCCAUUGAACCAGGAAAAGGAGAAGUAGACCGUCCUCGCUCGCAGCAAGGCCCCAAACCCGCGCCCAAACGCCCCAAGAGCGAAGCAGCCAACGACAGCAAGUCCAAACAGGAAUCAGCUUCCGCCCCUUCUUACCCUUCAAACCUGCAUCUCACCCCUUUUCAGACUCUCCUCAUCUCUUCUCUGCUCUCAAAGCCCAUCUCACACCGUCUCGGGCUGCGCAGCAUAGCCACCCUUUUCUCCCCGCCUUACAGCUACACAACGCCUCAGCGCCUGGCUGACGCGGGCGUCGAAGGGAGGAGGGCAGCCCUGUGGGAUGCAAGGACGCAGCACAAGGAGAAGACGGCUGAGCAGCUAGGCAGCAUCGUCGAGGGGGUGAGCGAGAUGUGCGAGGAUACCGAGGAGGAUAGAGAGGCCCUGGGAGUCGUUAGGGGGGAGGCGGAGAGGCUGGCUGCGGAGGAGAAAGGCGACUCAGUGGCUAGUCGCCGGGCAGCUAAGAGCGGCAUUACCGCUUCUCUCGUCGAAGAUAUCAAGGGCGUCGGUCCCGGUGCGGUUGGGAUUUUCAUGCGGCGCAUCCAGAACCAGUGGCCCUCCGUCUUUCCCUACGCAGACGAGCGAUCUCUGAAGUACGCAGCUGAGUUGGGCUUGAUGGCAAUGCCAGAGUUGCCUGGGGAGCACGAGAAGGGGGAAGAGGCCGAUGAGGAGCGGGAGGGAAAGCUCUUCAAGGGGGCGGACGACUUACUUGCGUUGAUGCAAGAGAGUAGGAAGGGUCAGAAGGAUCAGUAUAAUGAUGAGAGGGAUGCUUUUGUAAGGUUGUUGGAUGUGCUGAUCGGGCUGGGUUUGGAGAAGAAGACGGACGAGGCGAGGAAGCACGUCGAGGAGGCAAAGUGAGCAUGCUCGCGCGAGAAAUGCAUGUAAUGAUGUCACAUUGG